AUGUCAACGAGGUAUUUCGACACCGUUGUAUCUAGGAGUGCAUAUGACACACUGCUUAAAUCCGAUCUAUCGAACGGGGCACUCUCCAUCGUCGACCUCCAAGCCUCUGGCAGCAUACUCCCAGCAUACAACAGAUACACGGGGAAUAGAAAUGAACGUUUGGAAGAGACCCAGGAAAUCAAGGAUUUCCUUCGCGGACCUGACACGGCAUUACUGCACCAGAGCACUCAUUUCCUGAUUCACGAGUACGGCGUCUCUCUAGGCGAGCUUUGGGCUGCGUUGGCAGCCGUCAAGCGCUACCCCCGUCCCCACACUUCAAGGAAUGAAGGGACACCGGAAGCAAAAAGACCUCGACGGAAUCCAGUUCGUGAAGGAUACGUCAACUCAGCCGGCUUUCAAAUCUCAUCCAGCAAUCCUGAAGACCACCCUAGUUCGCCAGCUCGCAGCGAAGGAUCGGCUGGCUACACCGAACCAGAACCGACGAAAGAGCUCGCCGCCGAAGACAGCGCCGUGCUUCUGAUCACACGCGUGUUGCGCCACUUGCUAUACUACACACAGCCUCCCAAAUCGUCACGAGUAGUUGAGUUCCGCCCUGAACGACGUCGCAUGAUCUCCCAAAUCUCCGAAUUGGAGAAACAGAUCGUUGCCAUUGACGAUGGCGGGCUGAGCCUCAAAGUCGAUGAGGGUCUGUCUACCGAGCCGGACGUUACGGUUGCACUGCUCGAGGCCAAGAGACGCCUUGUUGUUCAUAAAGACAAGCCUAGGAUCUCCGAUGAGUGCUUGGCACAGAUGACCUGCGAGGCUAUCUUGGCCAGAGGUAGAUCUGACUUGGAACAACUGAAGAAUGAAAGAACACUCAUCAUAAAUGCCACAAGCCACUAUGUGUGCUUUUUGGAAUUUCAUGUCACAAGCACGUACAUGGACGAGUUGGGAAAUGGAUCGUUACCGUCUCAGCCACUGAAGGUCACAGCAACCCAAUGGUUUGAUCUAAGUGAUAGAGAUGGGAGAAGCGGCGUUUUGGAAAACAUUCGGGGCUUGGUAGGGAUGGCCAUGGACGAUGUUGAUGAGGGUGUUCCACAGUAGCGAUUCUCUUACUCUCUGUAUCCAUCUGCAUACAGUCGUUAAAUGCCAGUUCUUUAUGCAGUGCUGCUGCGCAGCAACCCAAGAGGUUUCAGAGAAUAAACUAAAUGCUUAGGUUCUUUACUUAACUUUAAUGAUCUUAUGAUAAUAAAAGGAAACUCAACCAAGAUCCUGGCCACCUAUGUUACCAGUAUCAAAGUAUAAAAGCCUUGAUA